GUUUUUGCUGCAUUUUCUCUGAGAGAGGAAGAUAGAGAGAGAAACAGAAGAAAUGAAGAAGAGUAUCAGAAAUUAGCAGAUGAUUUGGAGAUUCAAACCCUAGCGCUUAUGAAUGUUCAAUCUAUUUGUAUUUUUUUGAAUUUUUUUCUGUUAAAUUUUUAAUUUUUUGCUACAUAUAUUUCGUUUGAUUGAUAUCAGCUGAAUAUUCACCGUUCGAUCUACGAUCGGUUCGAUUCUCUGAUCGGUCGGUGUAAAGUAUUCUGAUCGGAGAUUGUGAGGGAAAGGAAAAUUUUCUGUUAAAGCUCUAGAAAGUUCUAGAGGAAUCUGGAAAAAAAAUGCCGUCUCGUGCAGAUCUAGAUCGGCAGAUCGAACAAUUGAUGGAGUGCAAGCCGUUAUCGGAAGCGGAUGUGAAAACUCUGUGUGAUCAAGCGAGGGCUAUACUUGUUGAGGAAUGGAACGUUCAGCCGGUGAAAUGUCCGGUGACUGUUUGUGGUGAUAUUCAUGGACAGUUUUACGACCUGAUUGAGCUGUUUCGGAUUGGAGGAAAUGCUCCUGAUACUAAUUAUCUCUUCAUGGGCGAUUAUGUGGACCGUGGAUACUAUUCAGUGGAGACUGUCACACUUUUGGUUGCUCUGAAGGUUCGUUAUAGAGAUAGAAUCACGAUUCUUAGGGGAAAUCAUGAAAGCCGGCAAAUCACCCAAGUGUAUGGUUUUUAUGAUGAAUGCUUGAGGAAAUAUGGCAAUGCAAAUGUUUGGAAGUAUUUCACUGAUCUUUUUGAUUAUCUCCCACUAACAGCACUCAUAGAGAGUCAGAUAUUCUGUUUGCAUGGAGGACUCUCACCUUCUCUGGAUACACUGGAUAAUAUCCGAGCGCUGGACCGUAUACAAGAGGUUCCACAUGAAGGGCCAAUGUGUGAUCUCCUGUGGUCAGAUCCAGAUGAUCGGUGUGGUUGGGGAAUAUCACCUCGAGGGGCUGGUUACACCUUUGGACAGGAUAUAGCAUCUCAAUUCAAUCACACCAAUGGUCUCACCCUGAUUUCUAGGGCUCAUCAGCUUGUGAUGGAGGGUUUCAAUUGGUGUCAGGAUAAGAAUGUUGUGACAGUAUUUAGUGCUCCAAACUAUUGUUACCGGUGUGGUAAUAUGGCUGCCAUUCUAGAAAUAGGCGAAAACAUGGAGCAGAAUUUCCUUCAGUUUGACCCAGCUCCUCGACAGAUAGAGCCCGACGCCACAAGGAAGACUCCAGAUUACUUUUUGUGAUUCCAAUACCUGUGCUUGUUCAGCUGCAGGUAUUUUCAGAAGUGGAGAUUUGCUGGUUGAGGAUUAUUCUCGAGACCAUACUUUUGUUUGGAGCUCGACUUCACUCUAUGCCAGUGGCUCGCUAGAGUUGACGAAAUGCCUUGAGUGGUUUUUCAUGUAUAUUUUUCAAAUGGAAGCAACUUGGUACAUUCAGUUCUGUAAUUUGAAAUCUACCUUAAAAAGCAGUAUUUUCCCCUCCAUGUCCAA